GUGCGUAGUGCGUGUGGUGGGAGUGUGCAGCAGAGUAGCGUGCGGUGUGUGUGGACGCUGCCUGAUUCGGAAAGCUUUACCGUGAACCUUGUUCGUCUCGUCAAAGGUGUCCACGAGCAUCACAGAAGCAUCACCUGCACCGCCACGGCUGCAAGGCACCAGCAGCAAUGCUUGCUUACUGAGUAAAGCUGUACAUAUAAACCUCAGUCUUCUCGGAACCAGCUGGACACGGUCCAUCUCUUUUUUUUUUUUGGAUAAUGCGCUAACGUGGAGCUAUCUUAUGAAACCCAUACGACCCAUCUUGGAUAUUUAUUUGCUCUGCUAUCUUUGCACAUGAGUAUUUUAACGUUUCAAAAUGGACAUGGUCGAAGAAGACUUGAAGAGAAAGGUAGCGCAGUUUUCACAGCUGCAAAAUCUCAGCGCUGCCUUCCACCACGAUCCUACAGAUGCUGGCGAACCCCAAGAGCAUCGACGCAGAGUUCGACACCGCAGGUUCUUUUCAAAACAUGCUCGCCAUGAUGACAACAGCAUUACCGAAGACAAGCAGAUUAUCUUGAUUGAUGAUAAUACGGGAGAGGAAUCCACUACGAACCCUGGCCCCUCUGCUGCCGUUACAACGCCAAUUGGAACAGCCGCCGCAAAGACCAUCGCCGCAACACAAUCCUCCUCACUCCGUGCACGACAAAAAGCACCGAUUUUCCUACCAGAUGAUGACGUUGAAUUUAUUAGAGAAACCCCCAUAAUCAGCGCGCAAAAAUCAAGAGAACGCAGCACUACAUCUAAGACGGCGUCGUUACGGAACCUGUCGAGAACAUCACGCCAAAGCUCAGAAUCCCCGUCCAUGCCUGGCGGAAUUCGCAAAAAAAGGAAAGAAGAAUCUCUUCAGAUGCGCCAUGAGAAAGAUAGAAUUUUCAAAGACUUGAAGUUCUAUUUUGUUCCUGACAACGACAUUGCGCCAGCUAGGAGAAUGCGUAUCAACAAAGCCAGAGAGUAUGGCGCUGCUUGGGUUAGGCAGGUGAACGAGGCUACGCACAUGAUCGUUGAUAAACGUAUUGCCUACAAAGACGUUGAGAAUUUGAUUGGUCAGCGACAGGAUCUCGUUGUAGUGAACGAAGAAUAUCCUGUUGAGUGCAUACAAUUCCGCACACUGUUAACUCCGUCGCAAAAGAAGUACCUUGUUCCAGGCCAGCCGACUAACACCGAACAGACGACACCCAAGAAAGCCGUGGAGCUUGAACCUGUCAAAGAAAAGGUCAAGCCGCUUAACCUCGUGCCCAUUCUCCCUCUCAAGCCUCCGCAGCAGGAUACGAGACGAUGGGACUUUGCUCCUCGAGUGGACUCGACUCCACCAAAGAGCGGACAAUCACAAUCACAGUCCCUAGCCGACUCGUCAGAUGCAGUGCCAGAAUCUCAAGUUGUGGUGCUAGACUUGACACCUAGCAAAUCUAUGCGCAUGGGAAGUGUAGACCUGCUAUCAUUUGAAAUCAUAACAACCCCAAAGGCGACUAGCAGUAAGGAUGAACUUUCAUCGUUUAUCAACAUCAUGGCAGAGUAUAAGGACCUCCCGCUCGAUAUCGAUGAUGACGAAGACGGCCAAUCUGUUACAAUGUCUACAAUGCUAGAGGAGAGUGAAGACGAAGCUUUGGGCCCAUCGCCAGAGAAGGGCAAACAAGCUCGAAAACCGGUGACCCGGAAGGAGUUCCGAGUAGAAGACCGCUUUGCGUGCCAUCAUGCUGGGCUGAAGUCGCAGGAUACAAGCAAUCCUAAUUCCCGAACUAUUGAAAUACUACAGAAGAUGUUGGAUUAUUAUAUCAGGAUAAAUGACCAGUGGCGGAUCAUGGCAUAUCGAAAGGCUAUUGCGACGCUGAAGAGACAAGACGUCAGAAUCACCACCGAAGAAGAAGCAGUAGCUUUGGCGGGCAUUGGGCCCAGUCUUGCAGCGAAGAUUGAAGAGAUUGCUACGACAGACAAGUUACAGCGACUAGACCAAACAACGGACGAUCCUAGCGAUAGUCUGCUGCAGCUGUUUUUGGGGGUCUAUGGUGUUGGAACUCGGACUGCGCAGCAAUGGAUUGGUAAAGGCUGGCGGACGUUGGAGGAUCUUUUGGCGCAUGCGAAACUAAAUCAAAACCAAUUGAUUGGCAUCGAGUACUAUAAAGAUCUAAACACUCGGAUUCCAAGAGAGGAGAUGACUCAACUGGGGAAAAUUGUUACUAAGGCUGCCAAGAGGAUCGAUUCUGAGGUAGAGGUAAUCAUUGGCGGCAGUUAUCGACGAGGAGCCAAGGACUCGGGAGACGUUGACUUUAUCAUCACUAAAAAGGGUACGGCCAAAUCUACAGAGCUUCAAAGCUUUCUCAACCGGCUGGUGCGAAAGCUGGAGGCUGAUGGCUUUCUUACGGCAAAGCUGGCAUCGGGAGGGUUCCAUCGCAACAGUGACGGGUCAUUGUGGCAUGGAUGCUGUGUGCUCCCAUCCUCUCUGGGAGGUGUUGGGACAUGGCGCCGUAUCGAUUUCUUGCUGGUUCCAGAGAGCGAGAUUGGCGGAGCGCUGAUUUACUUUACGGGUGACGACAUCUUUAAUCGGAGCUUGCGUCUGCUGGCACGUAAGAAGGGCAUGCGGUUGAACCAGCGAGGGCUGUUUGUUCGCGGAACCGAGGGAGAGAGAGCAAAUGAGGGAGACUUGGUGGAAGGUCGAAGUGAGCGCAAGAUCUUUGAGGUGCUGGGCGUGAAAUGGCGGCCACCAGAGGAGAGAUGGUGUUGAUGAUGAUGAUUAUUGUAAAUGAUGAUAGACAACCGUAGCUUUACAAGCUGACGAGUAAAUGAAUGAAUGCAAUGCAAUCAAAUGAAAUUAAAAAAAG